AUGAUCCGACAACCCAGUAGUGUGAUCAUCGCUGGCCCGUCGGGCAGUGGCAAGAGCGAAUUGGUGGAACAAUGGUUACGGUACAUCAACGUCUUUCAAGUCAAACCCAACAAGAUCGUCUAUGCCUAUGAUCGCUGGCAACCCCGAUUCGACGGUAUGCAAAAAAAGGAUGGGAUUCAGUUUCAUCGCGGGUUACCGGACCCCCGUCAUUUGACCCAAUGGUUUGGUCGGACGCGCGGAGGCGUGUUGGUCUUGGAUGAUCUGAUGGAAGAAGGGGGACAAGACAAACGCGUGUUGGAUUUGUUCACCAAAGAUUCUCAUCAUCGCAACAUCACUGUGCUGUAUUUGACGCAAGAUUUAUUCCCGCCUGGCAAAUUUUCCAAGACCAUCAAUCGCAACGCGCAUUACAUCGUGGCGUUCAAAAACCCCCGGGAUCAAACGGGCAUACGGACCAUUUUACUGCAAGCCUUUCCUGACCGGUGGGGUCAAGUCUUGCGCCUAUUUAAACGCAUCACGUCCCGCCCCUUUGGCUAUUUGAAGUUGGAUGUGCAUCCUGCGUCGGAUGAUUGCUACCGCCUGUGGAGGGAG